AAUCCCAUAAAUAAAUAAAAAAAAGAUCUCUCUCUCUAUGGAAAUAUCAAAAGUAAGAAGAAGAAGAAGGAGAAAUGUCAGCCCAAGCUUCGCCGCCGGAGUGACGACCAGACCGCUCGAUUCCUCCUCCGCCGCCGAAUCGAGCAUGGACGAAGCCACCGCCAACCAGCACCACCGCCGCUGCCUGUCCUCCGCCAAGCCCAACCCCUCCACCGUCACCACCGCCACCACCGCGCUCAUCGCCGACCUGCUGAAGGACUGCUCCGACGCCGAAGACGCCCUCGAGUGCGACCCCGAGGUGUGGGAGUUGCUCAGCAAGAGCUUCAGGCAGGUCCAGGCCGUGCUCGACCGCAACCGCGCGCUGAUUCAGCAGGUGAACGAGAAUCACCAGUCCAAGACCGCCGACAACAUGGUCAAGAAUGUGGCUCUGAUUCAGGAAAUCAACCAGAACGUGUCGAAGGUGGUGUCGCUGUACUCCGAUCUCUCUUCGAAUUUCUCCUCCGCAUUUCACCAGCGAGAGACGAGCGGUGCCGACCCUGCGUCCAACGAAAGCAGUCCCGAAUCGUGAGCCCUCUCUCUCGAUUGGAUGGAAAUUUUUCUGGAGGAAUGAAGGUCCAGUUGCCUUGGGUUUGCAAAUUAGGGUGACUAUGUCUAGGGGUUGGCACGAGCAGAUUCACUCUCCGGCUUCCAUAUUGUUCGUAGGUGUUGAUUUCGUCAGAUAUGCUGGGCAAGGACAGAUGGAUUGCGCUCUAGGAUGGCUAUCGCCCUGCUUUGAUCUGAUGUAAAGAGCUCAAUCUGUUCUAGCUGUCUUACUUGUAUUCAUAUACUUGCUAUGUUGCUUCGGUAUAAAUCUCACGCUAUAGGAUGUAACCCUGUAAUUUCUCACAUCCGUUCUCAACUUAGGGCCUCAUCUCCCAGUGAUGACCCCGUUGUCAUUGGUCAUAAGCCCUGAUCGUUUGUAGCUGUCUUGUGAUAGCCACUGCUUUGGCGAUUGGGUUAGUGGAUGGAUUCUCCAAUUCUUUAUCGGCAUGAGGGUGCGUAUUUGCACGAUCUUUGCUCUCCUUGAGAGCAAUAUUCUCGCAUGUAUAAGUUCAUGUCAAUGGAAAGAAAGGGUGUCGUCACUGCAA